AUGAAACCCCUAGCCCUCCUCGCCCUGGGUCUCCUCCCCGCAACCUCCGCCUGGACCUUCACCUGGCGCGACGAAAACAACACCGCCUGGGUCAAGAACGGCCGCUCGCCCCAGCCCUGCACGCAGAUCGACCAAGCCCAAGACCGCCAGUUCGACUUCAACCCCGAAUCAGACCCCUACUUCUUCUACAUCUGGGCCAACAACAACUGCUCCGGCGACUACCAGGGCUACAGCGACACGCUCUGGCGCAAGAACGCCUCGCGCGACCUGCACUCCUACCUCAUCGACCUCGGCGACAAGUCCGGCCCGUCGUCGACGGCUACCGUUGCCAGUGCGACGUCGUCGCCUUCGUCUUCAUCAUCAGCCUCGAGCAGCACGAGUAGUGCGGCGGCUGCGACGACCAGCGCUGCUGGUGGUGACAGCGGCGGCGGCGGCGGCGGCGGCGGCGGGUUGUCCGGCGGGGCGAUCGCGGGGAUUGUCGUCGGCGUGGUGGCGGGUGUUGCUGUGCUGGGGGGUGCGUUCUUUUUCCUGGGACGCCGGCGGCGGGCGGCGGCUGCCGCUGCUGCUGCUGCUGCUGCUGCUGCGACUGAGCAGCAGUCGGGGCAGGAUGGGGCCCCGGGUGCGGGUGGAGCGGCGCCGCCGUCGCCUGGACACCACCACCAGCAGUAUAUGGCGGAGAAGCCGCCGGAGAAGUGGCCGGUGGAAAAGGGCCCCGUGGAGCUGCCGGUUGGACCGCAUGCGGUCGAGAUGAGCAAUACGCAUGGCGUGGUGGAGAUGAGCAACAGCCAUGGGGUCGUGGAGAUGAGUGAUUCGAAUCGGUUGAAUGAGCUGGAGGGCAGUGUCAAGUCGCCGUAUCGGUAG